UGUAGGACGGUGUGUGACUGUCUGUCCUCCGGCUGCCAUCCCCAUCAUGGCCUCCACGCCGACACCACCACAGCCGAGGAUGAAGCCACCAGCUAGCGGCGUGGAGACGGACACGAAGCCGAAGUCGAAGCAGAGGCACCGGUAGAGGCGAGCCGCGCCGGCGGAGAGCCGCCUCGCAGCCCACAUGCCAGCCCCGUCUCCCCCAUGCCUGCAUUUCAAGCCAAGUCCGGCACUCAAUAAAGCGAGGGUGCGAACCCGGGCGGCGGCGCCAGAAACAUGUCAACAAACCGAGAUUAUUCGGUCAAUCUGUCGGUGCAGCAAGUGCUGAGCCUUUGGGUGCAAGGGACGGCGCUGCAGCAUUUCACAGAGAUGUGGUACUGGGUGUUCCUCUGGUGUCUCUUCUCCUCGCUCUUCGUGCACGGGGCGGUGGGACUGCUCAUGUUGGUCAUGCUGCAGCGCCACAAGAGGGGCCGCCUCAUCACCCUGGUGCUGGUCAGCGUGGGUUUCCUGGCCUCCCUUUCUGGAGGCGUCGUCACCAGCGCAGCAGUGGCAGGCGUGUACCGCGUGGCAGGGAAGGGCAUGGCACCGCUGGAGGCUCUCAUUCUCGGCGUGGGCCAGACCUGCCUCUCCGUCGUCAUAUCCUUCUCCCGCAUCCUGGCCACGCUAUGAAGCCACCGACCGUCGGCGGACGCAAACCCGACCAACAGAGCCUAGUCGGACUCAUACGGAGUCGCUUCUUGGACCUCGUGCUGCCAAGCUGGUCUCUACUGCUGCCCCGGAUACCGGGGCCACUUCCUGGUGAGGGAACUGGAUUCAGCGCCAUCCUCAGCUUCUGGACUGAAAGCCAUGUUGAGGGUGUUUUUCUCCAGAGGCAACUUGGUGCCUACGGUCUACUCUGGGAUGUCCUACAGGUCUUUGUGGACACUGACUUUUCAAGGUUUUUGCUUCCCCACUUACAGGAAUGAUCAAUUAGUAGUUUAGUUUUUUUCUACAAGCAGCAAUUAGGAUGGAUUUUAAACUUGAGAGCAAAUGUUGAGCACUGAAGUCUCAACGGUGUGAAGUCCGAGCAGGCUCUCUUCUCAUGGUCAUUCCAGCUGCACAGCUGCGUUGUCCCAGUCCAGCAAGCAGGACCCAAGAUGGGUGAAUCCUGCCAAAUUGGGAGAGAAAACGAGUAUCGGUGCCAUAACUGUUGAGUUUUUACGGAGAAGAAUGCCAGUUUUAGGAAAGUAGCUACAACUUGGUUCUAUUUUUGUUUAGACUUAGACAAACUUUAAGGCUCCACAAGGGAAAUUGCUCAGUUACAAAGGAUAAAAAGGAUGCAAGUACAAACUGUACUUUGGGUUUUAAAGUUCUUUUUACAUUGGAAGGCUUGACUAAGCGCUCGGUCAUACUAAGUUUGUAGACUUGAUUCACAUCCGACACAUCUUAAGCCCCGCUUAAGACCUUUCAGUUUUGGUUGAUUUUGGCGGCACCAUUGGACCAAAGCGCUAAGAUCUCAUCUCCCGUGAGGAAUUGCGCAUAUAGCGUCAAACGGACACGAUCCGCUGUAAUAUUGGCACAAAUAUUACGUCUCUGAUGGCUAUGCCGAUGUUAAAUAGCAGACACGAUCAAGAAAUUAUCUUGGAUUGUGCUAGAACA